AAGGAAGUACAGUAUGAGGUCAUGUAUCUGGCUCAGAUUUCAUUACAUACAAACAUCCUUUUUUGUGUAAAUACUGACCAGGAUACAAACCUGUACCCUCUCCUCCCAUUGGGUUGACUAAGUGGCCAAUCGUAAAUGGUACCAUCUGCUGUUCUGUCCUGUAGUGUUUGCAUUAGGUCAUUGAUGAGUAACCAACUUUUCAGGCUGCAAAGAUGUUAGAUCCGUUAUUGGGACUGAUUUCAGUUUCUGUUCUCCUGUGCCUAUCUUCAGCUGCUGCAGGCAACGUUGUCAGAUUGGUUGGUUCGAGGUCAGAUGGGUAUUGCACUGGAAGAGUUGAAAUCUACCACAAUGGAGAAUGGGGAACAGUCUGUGAUGAUGGCUGGGAAUAUUAUGAUGCUAAUGUAGUCUGUAAACAGUUAGGCUGUGGUCCACCAUUCACUGUUCAUGCAUCCGCUUACUUUGGUGAAGGCACAGGAAAAAUCUGGCUGGAUGAUGUUGGCUGUUCAGGAAACGAAAAGUCUCUUUCUGAAUGCUACCACAGAGGAUUUGGAACCCACAACUGUGAGCAUGUCGAGGAUGCAGGCGUCACUUGUUACCCUCAACAGAUCUUGCCAUUUCAAUCAUGCAAUGGAUAUGUCCACUUAUACCACAAUUGGGGAUGGAGCGUACUCAGUUAUAACGGCUUUGACAUGAAUGCUGCAAAUGUGGCCUGCAGACAGAUGGGCUGUGGUCCAGCAAUCUCUCACUCAGGCUACUCUUCAGGCAGCGCAUUGCUGCCUGAUUUGAGCUGUUCAGGAAGUGAAUUUUCUCUAAUGGAAUGUCAGCACAGUUAUUCUUGGACAUACCAAUAUGGUUACUAUGCUUAUGUCUACUGUUCAGAUUAUCCAGUCCGUUUAACGGGGCCGUCUCGGUGUGCUGGACGAGUUGAAAUCUACUAUAAUGCUGCCUGGCAAACAGUGUGUGAUGAUGGCUGGGACUUGAAUGAUGCUCAGGUGGUCUGCAGUCAGUUGAACUGUGGCGUAGCCGUGGCUGCUCCUCACUCGGCGUACUUUGGAAAAGGAGGAGAUAAAAUCCUGCUUGACGAUGUGGCCUGUAUGGGGAAUGAAACACAUCUGACUCGGUGCUCACACAGAGGAUACUUAGAUCAUAACUGCAGUCAUAGUCAGGAUGCUGGUGUGAUCUGCUCAGCCGGCCUGAGCAGGUUAAUUGGGCCAAGUAGAUGCUCUGGAAGAGUUGAAAUCUUCAACAAUGGAUCCUGGGGAACCGUCUGCAAUAACAGCUGGGACAUAAAUGAAGCUCGAGUGAUUUGCAGACAGCUGGGAUGUGGCACAUCUCUGAGUGUCCUUCACUUUGGAGAGGGAAUAGGAGAAAUUAAUGAAGUGACUUGCACAGGGAGCGAAAGAUAUCUGCCUGAGUGUUCGUACAGUAGAGAUGGAGCUCAGAACUGUAAUCACAGUCAGGAUGCUGGUGUCAUCUGUUCAGGCCCUAUAAGGCCCACUAUUGGACUUACUCCUCAAGGUGACAUCACCUUGGGUCAUAAUGUUAGCAUCAGUUGUUCAGUCACUGAUGCACAAGUAAGAGGGAUAUUUGUCUUGACGAAGACCACAGGCUCAUUCAGCCAGGCCGUGAACUCAAGCAGCAGCUCUGCUACUUUCUAUAUCCUUCAGGCCACUUUCAUUGAUCAGGGUUGGUACAAGUGUCAGCUUCAAAUCAUACUUCCCAAUGAAAACUUCACCACUCUCUUUAGUGACACAGUCCAGCUAAGAGUGAUCUUUCCAGCACCCACGAUCAGCAUUGAACCCUCUGGAGUGAUUACUCUCGAUCAGGAUGUUAGAAUGGUUUGUUCAGUCACUAAUGAACAAGGAGGAGGGUCAUUUAUCUUCAGGAAGUCUUCAGGAAGUUUCAGUGAGACUGUGAACUCAAGCAGCAACUCUGCUACUCUAAAUAUCCCUAAAAUUACCUUUACCGAUGAGGGAGACUACAAGUGUCAGUUUAAAAUGAGGAUUUCUAAUGAAGACUUCAGCACCAACUUCAGCAGCAAUGUCUCACUCUAUAUAAAAGGUGAAAUUCCAAAACCCAACAUCACCUUGCAGCCUACCGGUCUGGUUUCCUGGGGUCAGAGUAUCAGCAUCGUAUGUAACGUUAUGGAUGGAUUGAAUGGAUCAUUUACGUUCACAAACCCUCCUGGUUCUGUCAUGCAGACUGUAAACUCAAGCAACAACUCAGCUACUUUCCAUAUCGGGCAAGUCACUUUGGGAAAUGAGGGAUUGUACCAGUGUCAGUUUCAAAGAACGGUCUCUGGUGAAGUGUUUCACACCAACUUUAGUGACCCUGUCUGGCUAACUGUGAACCUUUCACAGCCGACCAUCACCUUGGAUUAUGCCGGUGGGGUGAUGUGGGGUCAGGAUGCCACUCUCACCUGUUCAGUCAUCGAGGGACGGGUAGGAGGAUUAUUUGUCUUCAGGAGAAUGCCUGGUAAUUUCAUCCAAACUGUAAGCUCGAGUAGCAACACAGUUAGCUUCCAUAUCACUCAAGCUAACUUGAGAGAUGAAGGAUUAUACCAGUGUCUGUUUCAAAGGAGAGUUUCUGAUCAAGACUUCAACACCAGCUUCAGUGAUUCUCUCCAACUAACUGUAUUUCUUCCAAAGCCCAGCAUCACUUUGUAUCCUGCUGGUGUGGCUUCUUUUGGUCAGACUGUCAACAUCACUUGCUCAGUCUCUGAGGGUCAAGUAGGAGGAUCAUUUAUCUUUAAGAAAACAUCAGGACCAAUCAUUCAUGUUGUAAAUACAAGCAGCAGCUCGGCUUCAUUUCAAAUCAAUCAAGUCAGCUUGGUGGAUCGUGGAUCAUACCAGUGUCAGUUUCAAAGAAGGUCUUUUAAUCAAGACUUGAGCACCAACUUGAGUGAUUCUGUCCAACUAAAUGUGAGCCUACCAAAGACCAACAUCAUCAUCCAGCCCAUUGGUGUGUUUAUGUGGGGCCAGGAUGUCCACAUUACUUGUUCUAUCACUGGAGGGGAAGUAAUAGGAUCAUUCAUCUUCACAAAGACCCAAGGUUAUUUCACCCAGACUGUGAACUCAAGCAGCAACUCGGCUACUUUGUAUAUCCCUAAAAUUACCUUUACCGAUGAGGGAGACUACAAGUGUCAGUUCAAAGUGAGGAUUUCUAAUGAAGACUUCAGCACUAACUUCAGCAGUGAUGUCUCACUCUAUAUAAAAGGUGAAAUUCCAAAACCCAACAUCACCUUGCAGCCUACCGGUCUGGUUUCCUGGGGUCAGAGUAUCAGCAUCGUAUGUAACGUUAUGGAUGGAUUGAAUGGAUCAUUUACGUUCACAAAGCCUCCCGGUUCUGUCAUUCAGACUGUAAACUCAAGCAGCAACAUGGCUACUUUAGAUAUCUCGCAAGUUCGUUUGGGAAAUGAGGGAUUGUACCAGUGUCAGUUUCAAAGAACGGUCUCUGGUGAAGUGUUUCACACCAACUUUAGUGACCCUGUCUGGCUAACUGUGAACCUUUCACAGCCGACCAUCACCUUGGAUUCUGCCGGUGGGGUGAUGUGGGGUCAGGAUGCCACUCUCACCUGUUCAGUCAUCGAGGGACGGGUAGGAGGAUUUUUUGUCUUUAGGAGAAUGCCUGGUAAUUUCAUCCAAACUGUAAGCUCGAGUAGCAACACAACUACCUUCCAUAUCACUCAAGCUAACUUUAGAGAUGAAGGAUUAUACCAGUGUCAGUUUCAAAGGACAGUUUCUGAUCAUGACUUCAACACCAGCUUCAGUGAUUCUCUCCAACUAACUGUAUUUCUUCCAAAGCCCAGCAUCUCUUUGUAUCCUGCUGGUGUGGCUUCUAUUGGUCAGACUGUCAACAUCACUUGCUCAGUCUCUGAGGGUCAAGUAGGAGGAUCAUUUAUCUUCAAGAAUAAUUCAGGAACAAUCAUUCAUGUUGUAAAUUCAAGCAGCAGCUCGGCUUCAUUUCAAAUCAAUCAAGUCAGCUUGGUGGAUCGUGGAUGGUACCAGUGUCAGUUUCAAAGAAGGUCUUUUAAUCAAGACUUGAGCACCAACUUGAGUGAUUCUGUCCAACUAAAUGUGAGCCUACCAAAGCCCAACAUCACCAUCCAGCCCACUGGUGUGGUUAUGUGGGGCCAGGAUGUCCACAUUACUUGUUCUAUCACUGGAGUGGAAGUAAUAGGAUCAUUCAUCUUCACAAAGACCCCAGGUCCUUUCACCCAGACUGUGGACUCAAGCAGCAACUCGGCUAUUUUACAUAUUCAUCAAGUGAACUUUACAAAUGAGGGAUCGUACCAGUGUCAGUUUCAAAGAAGAGAUUUUAGCUCUGUUUUUAGUGAUAAUGUCAACCUGAAUGUGACAGUGAUUCUUCCAAAACCAAGCAUCACCAUGGAGCCUGCAGGCGUGGUUACUUUUGGUGACCUCAUUGCCAUCAAUUGUUCUGUCUCCACUCAAUAUUUAGGCGGCUCAUUCACCUUGCAGAAGACCUCUGGAUCAUUCAAUAAGACCCAACAAUCAAGUACCAACUCCUCUACGUUCAGAUUUCUUGAAGCCAAUAAUAAUCAUGAGGGAGAUUUCCGCUGUUAUUAUGAAAAACUUGUGGAAUAUAAAACUUUCACCUCCCCUCUAAGUGACAAUGUCACAGUUUCUGUUACUAAUAACUGAAGUUCAUGUGUGUGACCCUUCCUCAAUCUCCUAUUAUAUGACUAUCCUAGACUAAUGUAAUCUAAUGAAUGUUGCAUGACGUGAGUGUGUAAGUUGUCACUUUGUAAUCAGUAACAUAAAUCAUAGUGCUGAUGCAAAGAGCAUGUAAUUAUUUACAUAACUGUUGAGAUGAAAGAGCACAAAAUAACUCGCAUAUAAACUUCUAUGAGGGAGAAACGGCAGAUAGGUUACCGGGUGUAAUGAAAAAAAAAGGAUAAGAAAAAGUUUUAAAAGUUAGUUGAAUAAACUAGAGGCUUUCCCAUGACUUUGUUGAAGCAUUUCUGUAGUUAGUGCUAUCAAGUACCAACUCCUCUACGUUUAGAUUUCUUGAAGUCAGUAUAACCAUGAGGAAGAUUACCGUUGUUGUUAUUAUCAGCAGACUGUGGACCAUCAAACUUUGGCCUUGCCUAAUAGUGACAGUGUCACAGUUUCUGUUUCUGACAACUUAAGUUAUGGUGGAAUUAGUAACCUUCCUUCCUCAGUUAACAUGUGCCUUUUCUUCAAGUUAACUAUUUUUACCAAUGGCUUCCCUAAACUAAUCUAAUCUAAUUCGUGUUGUAUGAGACAAGUGUGUAAGUUUUCACCUGUUUUAUCAGCAAAAUAAAUGUUGGUGCUUAUCCAGAGCAGAGGCGGUAGGUGCUAUUCUGUAAAUAGAAGCAAAUAACUGUUUUACAAAAUUGAUGAGAUUAGAAUACAUAACAUAAUCCACAUUGAAACCUUUAUGAGGAACAAACUUUGUGUCUACAUCAUUGGCCUCAAAAAAAUGUGUUCCAUAUUAUAAAAAAAACAAAGCAAAAAUCAACAACAAGCACAACACUCGGUUUAAAUGUAUUUUUGUAAUUAUGGUAGAUAACCCAAUGAGAGCAAAAAUAAAAAGAAAAUUUGUUGCAUAGUGAGUUCAAAAAAUCUCCUGACUUGAACUUUUCCUGUGACUUUGUUCAAUCAUUUCUGCAGCCAUUGAUACUUAGAAUUUUUCUUCAUAAUUCAUUUCAUGUAAAAUCUUCUAUGUGUUAAGAUAUGAUUGUUUCAUUUUUAGAUUUUGAGCCUGUUUAUAUUUCUGACUUCAUAAUGUAAUUACCAUUGGUCUGUAUUUGAUGGCGUUCUUGUCUGGUGGUUAAUUUUAAUAAAUUACAUAUG